UAUGGAAAGACGGUGAAGUGCGGAAGACAAGACCAGACCGCAUGCAACUUUUGAGUCCUGUUGCACAUAUCAGCCUCAAUAUCUCUGUAACCGUUGUCAAAAUUACAUGAUCAUAUACAUUUUUAUGAGAAUUUCACGCUCUGCAUAUUAAAAAGUUGAAAACCAAAGUGAGACAAUUAACUUGAUGCAAUUGGACAAUAUGUUUUCUCAAAAUACUCAAAAUGUUUUUAAAAGAAAACAAACCUCUUCUCAUUAUGAUGAAAUACCUGAUGCACCAUCUCAAAUAUCGAGUCAAUUUUUCUCUCAAAGACCAUCAUUUAUGGGUUACACACAGAACAUUGAAGUGUGCAAUGAUAUCUUCUCAGUCCCUAGUUCUGCAAUUUCACAGUUGCAUCAGGAGCCAUUUACAUUUGCUGAUGAUGAUACUGGUACAAACAGUUCACCAAAACAUUUUAGGUCGUCACAGCAAGAUUUGUUUACAUCGCCACAACAUCAACAACAAUUACUGAAUAAGCAACAUGAACGAUACAAAAAGCAUUAUGAAAUAAAUCCACAACUACUUGGAAUUCCUUCACAGCCUUCAUAUGAAUCUAUACAGUUUAGAAACAAGGGAAACAAAUCCAUGCUGAAAAGUAAUAUGAAAUAUGCACCUACUUCUAUGAUCAUGAAGACACCAAAAUGCAGUAACCUCUUAAAUACUGAAUUGAACAACACUCAACCAAUCAUUCAGUUAGAAACACCAAGAAAUGCUGCUGUAAAUGUUCAAAACAAUGAUGGCACAACUGGUGAGCUUAAAUCAGUGAGAGAAAUACCUGAAAAAUUUAGAUCCAUCUUUCCAUUUGCGUACUUCAACACAUUGCAAUCAAAGGUUUUUGAAGAGGUGUUAUACUCUGACAAUCCCGUUGUAGUUUGUGCUCCAACUGGUUCUGGAAAGACUGUGUUAUUUGAGCUGUGUGUUGUACGGCUUCUUUUGCGAGCACCAAACAAGAAGUUUUCCUAUAAAAUUAUUUACAUGGCACCGAUUAAAGCCCUUUGCAGUGAGCGUUAUCAAGACUGGAAUGCUAAAUUUUCACCAUUUGGUUUGAAAUGCACAGAAUUGACAGGCGACACAGAAUUGGAUGAUUUUCAUGAGUUGCAGUAUUCACAUAUUGUCUUCACCACACCAGAAAAAUGGGAUAGUAUGACACGGAAAUGGAAAGACAACAAAAGUUUGGUACACUCAGUGCGAUUAUUUCUUAUUGAUGAGGUGCAUUUGCUAAAUGAUAACACUCGUGGUGCAACCAUGGAAGCUGUGGUCAGUCGUAUGAAGACUGUUCAAGUUUCUAUAAACAAUGACACAAAAGAAACUGAUACACCUAUUAUAAGAUUUGUGGCGAUAUCUGCUACAAUACCAAAUGUUAAAGAUAUAGCUGUUUGGUUGGACACUGGUGUGUUGCCUGCUUUAUCAUUUAGUCUGGGAGAUGAGUAUAGACCAGUAGCAUUAAGAAAAAUAGUGCUUGGAUAUCCAUACACGGAGAAGCAAUCAGACUUCAAGUUUGAUCUUGCUUUGAAUUACAAACUCAGCAAUAUUAUACAAACAUAUUCUGAAAAUAAACCAACCUUGGUGUUUUGUUGUACAAGAAAAGGUGUCACACAAGCUGCCAGUGUGUUAGUGAAAGAUGCACGAUUUAUUUUAAACUAUCAGCACAAGCAAAGGUUGACACAACAUGCCAAUAUAAUACACGAUUCAAAAUUACAAGAAUUUGUAUUACACGGUGUGGGUUUCCAUCAUGCUGGUUUGGACAUGAGUGAUCGGAAACAUAUUGAAGAAAUGUUCACUACUGGUGAUUUACCUGUUUUAUUUUGUACAAGUACACUGGCCAUGGGUGUAAAUCUUCCUGCUCAUCUUGUUGUUGUCAAAGGCACCAUGCAUUAUGUUAUGGGUGGUUAUGAAGAGUAUAGUGAGGCACAAGUUUUGCAAAUGAUGGGUAGAGCUGGGAGGCCACAGUUUGACACAUCAGCCACUGCCGUGAUAAUGACAAAGCAACAGACAAAGGCAAAAUAUCAAGCUAUGAUAACUGGUACGCACAGCAUUGAGAGCAGUCUGCAUCACCACUUGACAGAACAUAUAAAUGCUGAGAUUGUUCUGGGAACUAUAACUGACAUUGAUGUUGCUCAGGAUUGGCUUAAAUCGACUUUUCUUUACAAACGGAUGCAGGAAAAUCCAAAACACUAUGGUGCGCCUGACAGCCUUGAUAAGAAGGCUCUUGGACAGAAAUUGCAAGAUAUGUGUUUGAGUUCAUUGAAGUCUUUACAAUCUUACAACCUCUUGGAACUACAUAACAAUCACGCACUUUCCUCAACAGAAAUUGGGAAGUUAAUGGCAAGAUAUUGCAUUGCAUUUGAUACUGUGAAAAUAUUAUCAUCUAGCUCCGGUAAUGAAAGCUUGGAAGAAUUGGUUGGACUGUUAUCAAAAGCUAAGGAAUUUGAUGACAUCACCAUCAGGCAAAAUGAAAAGAAAGUCUUAAAUACGUUAAAUAAAGACAAAAACAGAAUUACUAUCAGAUUCCCAUUGAACUCGAGAAUCAAAUCAACUGAAAUGAAGAUUAACUGUUUGCUUCAAUCUACACUUGGGUGUUUAACUGUGAAUGAAUUCUCUUUAACACAAGAUAUAACUAAAAUAUUACGCAUUGGACAAAGAGUUACAAAAUUUAUGAUGGAAUUCCUCGUCCAGCAAAGUGGAUUUCAAACUGCAUUAAAUGCUAUUUUGCUGUGCAAAUGUGUAAAGGCCAGAUUAUGGGAGAAUUCAAAGUUUGUAUCAAAACAACUGGAGAGAAUAGGCCCGUCACUUUCAUCAGCUCUUGUCAACGCUGGUAUAACAACAUUUCAGAAAAUGGAGAACACCAAUCCUCGAGAGUUGGAAAUGAUUAUGAACAGACACCCGCCCUUCGGAUCACAGAUCAAAGAAGUGGUUUCCUCAUUACCAAAGAUGGAUGUUAUUGUGGAACAGGACAAUAAUUACCGCACUUCUGUAGCAGAGUUAGUGUUGAUAGUGAAGUUACUGAACAGUGAAGUGAGAUCAAAGUAUUUAAAAGCAAAGAAGACAUACACGCAAGGAUAUUAUUUCAUUAUCGGUGAUAGUGAGAAUCAGAUUGUAUUCAAACAAAAGAUUUUUGAUUCAUCUUUAUUGCACAGUGGACAAUGGUCACGUAGAAUUACUAUCCAGCGAGCGUCGAAAUCCCAAGAACUAAGCAUCAAACUUAUAUGUCUGGAUUAUGUUGGCUUAGAUGUGCAAAGUUCUUUUACGCCAGUGUAUGCAGGACCUCCAUCAAGACCUGUCAUGACAAACAGAUACGAUGAAAUAGAUUAUCAAAGAAAACCUUCUAUAGGUAACUUGUAUUAAGUUUAAAACAGUUCC